AUGAUGAUUCAGAUGAAGAGCGAAGAAGGAUCCGACGACAUUCCUUUUCGCAGUUUCUUCAAUCAGCUCGACGAAGAUGUGACAGAUGAAGAGUUGAUGUUCCUUGAAGCCACGAUGCAGGGGUACUUGUCUGAUAGCAUCAUGCUUAAACGGAAGAAGCAAACGGAAGAUGCUGACAUGGUGAAGCUGCCAAUUCCUACCAAUGAUUGCGAAGACCCAUUGGGAAAGGAAGAAGACUUUGUUGAGUAUACAAUAGGCCAUGGUCAAAAGCCAUUUCACAUUCGUGAUAUUGUGGAAGUUCUAUUGACUAAGACUACCGCAUGA